GCAGCCAUGAGGUUCCCUACCGUCACAGCUCACAGUAAGGAGUUGGCCACAUCUCAACAACUAAAGGCAUGCAGGGAGCAGCUUCUUACAAGAGAAGCGGAAAUCGCGGAGCUGAAAGCCGAAAGGAACAACACCAGGCUGCUGCUGGAACACCUGGAGAUCCUGGUUUCCCGGUAUGUGCCGUCCCUCGGGAUGACGCCGGGCCCGCAGCAGGCGCAGUCCCCAGCCAGCAUGACCAGCGAGGUGGAGCUGCUCAGGGCGCUGAGAUUGCUCUUUGAGCACCACAAGGCCCUGGACGAGAAGUUGAGAGAGCAACUGCGACAUGCUCUCGAAAGGUGUAGUUCCUUAGAAGAGGAAUUAAGGACCGCACACAAACAGGUGCAGAGCCUACCGCCCAGUGGGCAGGCCGAUGGCGACACUCUGCCUGUGAUGAUUCAGGAGCUGCUGGAUGCCAUCAACGAGGAGAUCUGCAGGGAGCGCUCGCCGCCCCAAAGCAGGCGGCACAGCCUGGCGUGCGAGGGAGACCGGCUGGGCGUCCUGACUCCGGCCUUCGAGAGUGACGAGGAUGUGUCUGACGGCAAGGGCGACGGAGUCACCCUCCUCAGCUCGGCCGAUCAGCUGCCGCCCUGUGGGCAGGCCGAUGCCGACUCUCCGCCUGUGAUGCUUCAUGAGCAGCUGGAUGCCAUCAGUGAAGAGAUCCGGUGGGAGACUGAGAGCAGGGCGGGCGGGGCGCGCUUAGGCAGCCUUCGGCGUUUUAAGUCACUGAGCUCCCUCAGCCUGUGUCCUGCCUCCUCACUUGCCGGCUCCUGCCCGCCCAGCAGGGGGCGCUCCCCACCCCGAGGGAGGCAGCACAGCCCGGAACUCCAGGGAGACUGGCUGGACGUCCUGACUCCGGUGCAGAGCCAGAGGGAGCAGGACUGGGAGUCCGCGCAGCAGGCCAGCGUGGAGGCAACCGUUGCCCAGGCCUUCGAGAGUGACGAGGAUGUGUCUGACGGCAAGGGCGACGGAGUCACCCUCCUCAGCUCGGCCGAUCAGCUGCCGCCCAGUGGGCAGGCCGAUGCCGACUCUCCGCCUGUGAUGCUUCAUGAGCAGCUGGAUGCCAUCAGUGAAGAGAUCCGGUGGAUCCAGGAGGAGAAGGAGAGCACGGAGCAGCGGGCCGAGGAGACUGAGAGCAGGGCGGGCGGGGCGUGCUUAGGCAGCCUUUGGUGUUUUAAGUCCCUGAGCUCCGACAACCUGUGUCCUGCCUCCUCACUUGCCGGCUCCUGCCCGCCCAGCAGGGAGCGCUCCCCGCCCCGAAGGAGGCGGCACAGCCCGGAGCUCCAGGGAGACCGGCUGGGCGUCAUGACUCUGCUGCCUGCUUUAAUGGAAGAGGAAGAAGACGACGAGACCACCAUCAAAGGUGAAACCUCGAGCCCUACCUCGCCACGGUCCCUUCGGCUGGACCGGCUGCACACGGGGGCGCUGCGCGCGGCCGGCCCCGAGGACGUCAGGGACGCCCGCAACUCGACCGGCUCUCAGGACAGCCCCGGGGGCAACCCCAGCAGCAGCACCAUCAGCCAGGACUCGCUGCAGAAAGCUGCGAAGAAGAAGGGCAUCAGGUCCUGCAUCGGCCGCUUGUUUGGCAAGAAGUAAAAGGGCCGGCCUGCUCCCGGCAGGGAGGCCUUAGGACCAGGAGCGGAGGAGGCAUCCGUCUUCUCGACCCCAGCUGCUGCUGCUCCGCAGGUGAUUCCUACAGAUGCACCUCCUGCAAGAGCUGUUGUCCUGCUGCUCGGGGGCUGCCUGAGUGUGCUCAGGAGCAUCAGACAAGUGGGGCUGCCAUGCCUGAUUCUGCGGGAGGGCCUGACGCUGGGGGAGGGCCUGACGCUGGGGGAGGGUCUGACGCUGGACUAG